UGACAUCCCAGUUUGUUUUCAUUCUUUUUUACUUUCUAUUUACUAUUUGCGUUUCAUUUCAAACUUGCUGACGCAUCCUUUUUAUUAUUAUUAUUAAAUUAUUAUUUUUACAUUCAAAUUGCUUUCCUUUGUGUGGUUUGCAAUUAUUUGACCUUUACAACACCGACCAGCUUGUCACUUUUUAAAACGCAAAUGGCUCCCCCAGCGGCACACAAGGAACGGACGCUGAUUGCUGCGAUUGGAGACGAGGACACAAUCACAGGCCUACUGCUUGCUGGUAUCGGGGAUAUCGACAUUCACCAGAGACCCAACUUCCUGGUUGUUGACUCGAAGACCACGCAAGGUCAGAUUGAGGAGACCUUCACAUCCUUUACCAAGAGAAAGGAUAUUGCUAUUAUUCUAAUCAACCAGCACGUUGCUGAGGAGAUCCGCGGCAUUCUCGACGAGUACAACGCCGCAUUCCCGACGGUCUUGGAGAUUCCGUCCAAGGACCACCCAUACGACCCUUCCAAGGACUCGGUGCUGAAGCGGGUCCAACUUUUGCUCGGCGAUUAAGCGGAAUUGCAGCUUAUACUUUCCACAAUAUAUAUAUUUAU